AUGGCCUUACUGCCUCCUGAGAUAGUGCAAGAGAUAGUCGAAAUGUCACUCCUAUCUUCUAGAUCCCCCAUGGCACUCCUGACCUCCUGCUCAGCUUUUCGGGACAUCGUCCAGCAGAUUCUCUACGCCGGAAUAACCUUCACAUCUCGUGCUCAGCUUCGUUCCUUCACUAUGACUUACUGUCGGACUCCUGUUCCUUAUGCUCCUCGUGCAAUAGCGGUCCAUAUCACGAACGACGACUUCUCAAAUAUCGUCUUCUCCGACUUUUCUACACUGGUUUCGACGUGCUUCUGGAGCGCUAGCUACGGGCCCAAGGUCAGUAGAGACCAGAACGGAAGACUCGUUCUGGAUCUUCUUCUCUUGCGCUUGUACUCCCAUAUGUACGAUCCCGGGAUCGAGAGAAUCUAUAGUGCUCUCUCUCAGAUCAAUCCUCGACGGUUUAUCUGGACAGGUCCGGAUCCUCCCCACCAUUUCUCAAUCGCUAUUGUUCCAAAUGCCAUACCUCAUCUUUUCAAGGCCUUAUCGACGUAUACCAACCUGACCGAGCUGCGUUUAGCCAACAUCAAAGUGGACGACGCUCUCGAAGAGGAGGGAUUCCCUGUCAUUCCAUCGCUCGAGUUGCUGUACAUGGGCCAAGUCGUGUUUCUCCCCUCAGUGACGAUCGCAAAUCUGAUCCUCGAUCCAGGCAUGGAGCAGCUCGAGAGAGUCAAUCUGGUCGAUGCCUACACCGGAAGCAUCUGGGGACCGCGCCUUCGGCGGUCCGACGUCGUACGGGCGGCACUCUUGCAUUUGGAUCCCGAAAAUAGCGACCCCAGAAAAAGCGAAAUGGCGAAAGAGACCAUUGAGAGUAUACUGGUCUGCGAAGCAAGGACGGAGCGUAUCAUGGGAGAUCUGCUACCACUGUUGUGGAUCUCCAAAUUUUCCGACACAACGCACAGUUCGAGGAACAGCUCCACUUCAGACAACAGGGAAGCUCUUUUGCACUUCCUAUGUCUGUCCGUCGCAAACGAAUCAACACCUUCGGAGCCUCCCUGUCCCGACCCCUUACGUUCGCCUGUCCGCAUCCUUUGGACAUGCAUCGGAAUUAUCAUAGCCUGCACAUGGGUGGCACUGCACCCCAACAUUACUUCUAAGCCCAAGCCGUGGAUUAGAGAAAGGCUGGGUGCCGACACAGGCCCACUUCCUUCAAAUGGGCGGCUUCAUGCUCAUCCACCCCGAUCGUACACCAAUCUGCCCCUCACACCGCCCUCCUUCGAGCGGCUCUCGUCCCAAGACACGAUCGAGUGGCCGUCAACCCCGCUUCAAGAGAUCGAGGAUAAGAGCAAGGGCAGCGGUCUUGCCAAAGCGCUCGUGCUUUCCCGCACCACGUUCUUUAUAGGCAAGUGCUUGAUGCGCAUGGCGCAGGGAAAGAGAGUGGCCGAGCUGGAGCUCCUCACGCUCGCGUUCGCAUGCUUGAAUGGGGAUGUAUUGGCUUUGGUGGGAUAA